AAUAAUUCUAACCUUAAGCUCAAACUGUUCUACAAUAAACGUCAGGCAGUAUUUAACAAUAAAAUUCUCAAAUGUUUUCUAAUAAUUAAAUCUCAGAUUGAAAGCUGGUUUAUCUAUUAAUUUUGUAAACUAACAGAGUGUGUAAUAGAGUAUCUUUUAGUAUCCUGUUUACCGAAGUGGGGUUAUCAUAUUAUUACGAAUAAUGCAUUGUUCUUUAACAUUCGAUACAAAUGUCAUAGUUCUUGUUUAGCUUGCGUCUUUAUAUUCUUAGUAUAUACGUAUUUUUAUUAAAUAUCCGUUCACAGAAGUUAAAAGGAAAUAUGAUAACUUUAAGAGGGAAACUGAAGAAGGAUGGCGAAAUAGCAAACUCGAAAACGAGAGAUUACACGAAACGUGUUUCAGUCCGUGAUAAAUUGUUAAUUAAAGAGGUGCAAGAAAUGGAACAAACUUUGCCUAGUACAUGUCAAGUAAAGUUUCCUGAUCCUCAUUGUUUACACGAGUUUAGUCUAACAAUUGUCCCUGACGAAGGAUAUUGGAUGGGUGGUCGAUUUUAUUUUCAGAUUUAUAUACCUGAAGAAUAUAACAUGGCUCCACCUAAAGUUAAAUGCUUAACAAAGUUAUGGCAUCCUAAUAUUAGCGAGGAUGGUAACGUGUGUCUUUCAAUUUUGAGACAGAGCAGUAUAGAUGAAAUGGGAUGGGCACCUACUCGUAAGCUGAAAGAUGUUGUAUGGGGCUUAAACUCUCUCUUCACCGAUUUAUUAAAUUUCGAUGAUCCAUUGAACAGAGAAGCUGCCGAUCUAUUUAUAAAAGACAAGGAAUGCUUUCGAAAUAAGGUCAAAGACUAUGUCAUACAGUAUGCAAAAAGAUGAUUCAAAUCAAUGAAUAAUGCUAUAACAACGUAAUUGUAUAUUAAAUUCUGAAUUUAGCUUUUUUUUUAUUUCGAUGAUCAUUUCAAAUUUGAUUACGUGCGUUUUCAAAAUAAUUCGGUGAUCGAUCAACUUCUAUAUCAUAUCAUUUGCUACUAGUCUUCUUAUUCUAGGGAGAUUUUAUUUGUUAUUUUCUAUUUCAUUACUCGUGCGCAAUUUUUGGAGUGCUCUACGAUACUUUGUUGUUAAAUGAGUGAGAGGAGAAAAAGAGGGAGUCUCGUGUACAAUAUACUUAUCCUUUUUAUAGAGCAUUGUAAUGACGACAGAUCAUAAUUUGUAAAUAAAGCCGAUAUUUAAUAAUAAA